AUGGCGAGGAUGGCACAUGCAUCGUCCGCGGGUGGGGGCGUUUUUUUGGGGGUUUCCCAUAAUACGAUCGAGCUGGAGAGCUGUGACGGCCUGACGGGGGGAGGACGACGGAGUCGGAAGCUGGGUUCGCAAGCCACCGGCCGGCGCCAGCGACCGGCGGCCUCUAGGGAUGUCAUGGAUGGUAGGAAAAAGAGACACCGUGAUGGGUAUGAAGAAGGGAAUACGACAUUGCGGAAAGUUGGUUUGGCAUCAGACUUUAUAUGGUCUGACGCCCAGGCGCCACUGGAGUUUUUGGGCUCUUACAAUGCAAUUUCAUUUGAUAAUCCAGAAUCCCUGCCCAUAAAGAAUCAUGAGCUUACAACAGAUGAUAUAAAAAAUUUCUGUGAGGACUUACUUCUGUUGGAUAAGAAUAGUUUCAAGCAUAUCUUGAAAUGGCGAAUUCGCUUACGAAAAGCACUGUCAGCGUCUUCACAAGUCACCCCAAAGGUCAGUGAUGCUGUGGAGAACACAAAGGUCACGGAUGAUGAUGUACUUCUACAGGAAAUGGAAGAAUUGACCAGUGUCAUUGAUAGAAAGAAAAGAAGAGAGAGAAAGCGUUUGUCAAAGCGUCGGGCAAAGGAUAAAGCACGCAAGGCCACAGGAAUGCAGAUUGAUGCUACAGGAGAUGAUUAUGGAGAUCCUGACUUGUUUUCUAUUAGUGUUAUCAAGGGUGGAAAAGAACUUGAAGCUGUUGAAUCAGCAGAGCUUGAUGUGGAAGAUGAAAUUGGAGACAGUGAGAAUGAGGAUACUCAAGCUCGUGAAGACUCUGAUGAGGAAAUGGAUUCUGACCAGGAACAGCAGAGGUAUGAUGCCCAGCUUGAGGAGAUGCUUGAUGAAGCUUAUGAGCGCUUUGUAACUAAAAAGGGUGGUGAAAUAAAACAAGAACGCAAGCGUGCGAAACGAAUCAAUCCUGAUGCUGAUGCAGACCUCUUAGAGGGAGGUGAAGAUGAUGGUGAUGUUGAAAUGGAUCAAGAUUUUGACGAAGAUCAAGAUCAGGAGACCAAUCCCCUUCUGUUAUCUCUAGAUGAACAGAGGCCAACUAAAGAGCAGAUUGUAAAGCAAUGGUAUAGUCAGGAUGUGUUCACAGAAGCUGCAUCCGGCGUUACUGAGCAGAGUGACACUGAAGAUGAAAGGGAGAGUUUGCAGAGGAAUAAGAAGAUGGAUACUGGCAAAAAGGAAAAGGUGGCUAAAGCACAGUGUUUGCAACAAGAAGAUUUUGAGAUUGUACCAGCAGAACCUGUCCGAAACGAAGAUGAUUCAUCUUCAUCUUCUGAUGAAUCGGAGGAUGAUCUCGAUGAUUACAGAAAGGCUGAAGUACUAGCCUAUGCUAAGAAGAUGCUGAGGAAGAAACAGAGAGAGCAGAUACUUGAUGAUGCUUACAACAAACACAUGUUUGAUGACGAAGGGUUACCCAACUGGUUUGUUGAGGAUGAAAAGAGGCAUAGGCAGCCCAUGAAGCCUGUUACGCGUGAGGAAGUAGCUGCGAUGAGGGCUCAGUUUAAGGAGAUUGAUGCCCGCCCAUCCAAGAAGGUUGCAGAGGCCAAGGCUCGGAAGAAGCGUGUUGUCAUGAAGAAUCUUGACAAGGCACGCCAAAAGGCAGAUGCCAUAGCGGACCAGAAUGACAUAAACGAGCGAUCAAAGAGGAAGAUGAUUGACCAGAUUUACAGGAAGGCGAUGCCAAAGAAGCCUCAGAAGGAGUAUGUUGUUGCAAAGAAGGGGGUUCAGGUGAGGGCUGGCAAAGGGAAGGUGUUGGUGGAUCCACGGAUGAAGAAGGACAAGCGGUCUGGCGGAACUGGGAAGAAAGGGAAGAAGGGCGGCAAAGGCGCAAAGGGGAAGGGUGGCCCGAAAGGCAUGAGAGGGAAAGCUGGGAAGAAGGCUGGGAAAGCCCCGCGGUAA